CCAGGUUUAGAUUACAAAAGCAUUUUAUUACCACAAUCCACAAAGGACACGUGCUCUAUGUUCGGCGAUACAUCUUCGCAUUAGUCUGUCAGUAUAGGGAAAUCAAGAUGAUGGCGUUGAGCAAGUUCCUGGGGUAACAUCUAUAUCAGAAAGCGACCCGCCACUGAGCAGUCCGCCAGCUGCAUGCAUAUGAAUAAAGGCUUCAUUAACAGUGUCCUCCUCCAAUGCAUCAAUCGUCAGCGAACCAUCACGGCCAUCGUCGUCUGUCGCCCUGGUUAUAUGCCCAAUGAUCCGUUGCACUCGCUGGGGUACUAUACUGUCAAUUGCAUUUAUGGGAAGCAGAACGAUCUCCCUUCCCUUUCCGAGACAACUUUCUCGGACCGAACUGACAGCACCUUCAAGUUUGAGCGGCGUCCCGCACACUGCUAUCCCCAGUCUCCUUGAGAGUCACAAUGAGUUACUCCCGAAGAAGUACGUGACCUUGAGUUCCGAGCCCUGGGCAACUCGCUCUCUUCUGCAUGAUAGUACCUUCCUCAAUGCUGAUAUCGAGUGCAAUUCUCGUCCGUGCUUGGUGGAAUCCCGCAUUUGCGGUGCUGCACUCAAAAAUCUCCAUCAAACUCGGUCUUCGCAGUUACCCUACUUUCUACGCGCCAUCCUCACCUUGGACUACUGUGGCUUGGAGCAGUUUGCUCGAACGAAUGUGGCAGAAUCUUUGGCUGUGCAACACACGUGUAGGGACCGGUCGCGCAAGAUCAUCUUCCAGUCUCUAAAUAAACGGGAGUCCCGCAGACUUUUCUCGGCACGUCGAUGGUGGAUUUAUACAACCGCGAUGACGAAGAAUGUCGUUUGUUGUUCAUCACAGCCACUGAAGGCUACAAUCGACCUCCAAUCUGGCCCUGGAAACCCCCUCGGCGCUACGCAAUUAUGUGAGACGAGGCUGAUGUUUCGCGAGCACGUCCAAUGUGCUGCUACGCAUUGCCUGGAAUACAAGCCCUGGGAAUGGCUCUGAUCAAAUGGCAUUGCCGUUCAAGCACCUGGAAAGGGGACGAAAUGCAGGCAAAUGGCCAAGCAUUUAUCUUCCACCACCGCAGGGGAAUCCGCCCCGCCCAGGAAAUUUAAAUAUGAUCUUCUCUCGCAAUCUUAAUCUGAAUCUUUCACGCGGGGGAUUUUCCAAUGGUUAGAUUUAACGUGAUAUCCUCGGAACGAAAAGCCGAUCUAUUAGGAUUCUUCG